AUGGCGUAUCAUCUUGCAGGUUCUGAGGCCAUGUUUGCUGAUCUUUGCUACUUUUCUGUACGAUCAGUUCAGCUUUCAUUUGUCUUCCUUGUUUUGCCAUGCCUGCUAUUGGGUUAUUUGGGUCAAGCUGCAUACCUUAUGGAAAACCAUGCUGAUGCUGGUCAAGCCUUUUUUUCUUCCGUUCCAAGUGGUGCAUUCUGGCCAAUUUUCCUUAUUGCCAACGUUGCUGCACUUAUUGCUAGCCGGGCUAUGACAACAGCAACAUUUUCAUGUAUAAAGCAAUCAACUGCACUGGGUUGUUUCCCCCGUCUUAAAAUCAUUCAUACUUCUCGGAAAUUUAUGGGCCAGAUUUAUAUCCCUGUUAUAAACUGGUUUCUCUUGGUGCUUUCCCUGGUGCUUGUCUGCACAAUAUCUAGCAUUGACGAGAUUGGAAAUGCCUAUGAAUUUGAGAAAGCUCAUUCGAGGCAUUGCCGAGCUCGGGGUGAUGAUGAUGACCACUGUUUUAGUAACCCUUGUUAUGCUUCUUAUAUGGCAGAUACACAUCAUCAUAGUGCUGUGUUUUGUGGUAGUCUUCUUGGGAUUGGAAUUAACUUUUUUUUCAUCUGUCCUGUGGACAAUCUCAAAUAUGAAACUGAAGUCAAGCGAAAGCUGUCAACGGAUUUGAUGAGAGAAUUAGGUUGUAAUCUUGGGACAAUACGAGCUCCUGGGAUUGGUUUGCUUUAUAAUGAGUUGGUCAAAGGAAUACCGGCAAUUUUUGGCCAUUUCCUGACCACACUUCCUGCAAUACAUUCUAUGAUCAUAUUUGUGAGUAUCAAGUAUGUUCCAGUUCCUAUGGUGCCGCAAAGUGAAAGGUUCCUUUUUCGGCGAGUCUGUCCCAAAAACUACCAUAUAUUUCGUUGUAUUGCCAGGUACGGUUACAAAGAUGUUCGGAAAGAAAAUCACCAGACUUUUGAGCAGCUGCUGAUUGAGAGCCUAGAGAAGUUUAUACGUCGUGAAGCUCAGGAGAGGUCACUGGAAAGUGAUGGGGAUGAUGAUUCAGAUUCAGAGGAUCAGCGUCCUGUUUCUAGGGUUCUCAUAGGUCCUAACGGGAGUGUUUACUCACUUGGUGUUCCUCUUCUCGCAGAUUUUAAGGACACAACCAACCCCGUUUUAGAAGCAAGCACAUCAGAGGUGAUAAGCUCAGUAUCCCCUGAUCCCAGUGUGUGUGAUGCGGAGCAGAGCCUUGAGAGUGAGUUAUCUUUUAUUCACAAGGCUAAAGAAAGUGGUGUUGUUUAUCUUCUGGGUCAUGGGGAUAUAAGAGCAAGGAAGGACUCAUGGUUCAUCAAAAAGUUAACAAUAAACUAUUUCUAUGCAUUUUUGAGAAAGAACUGCAGAAGGGGGAUCACGACUUUAAGUGUACCACACUCAAAUCUUAUGCAAGUUAGCAUGACUUACAUGGUGUGA